GAUGAUAAAUCAGCUUUGAAAUGUGCCAACUGUAAGAUGGACCCUGCGAACUGUCUGAAUGGGAAACGUGUUUGGGAGUUUCCUCCCUCUAACGGAGAUUUGAAUGUAAAGGUUAAAUGUUCCCAGGAAAUGACCUCAGAUCAAGGAUACGUUUGUCCUGCUGAAUCAAGUGGAGUCCUAAAGUACUUCAAUAAAUAUGAAGUUGCUACUCCUCAACCUAGCCAAUAUAGUAGCGGAUUUGAUGUUUCUCUCAAGAAGAUACAAUGUUGGAUGUUGAGCAUCACUUGGGGCCAGAGUACACAGCUCAGCUGCUAUUCAGAUCGUAAUGUGGCACGUUAUGUAAAUUAUAAUUGCAGAUAAAUAAGAGUUUACAACACUCUAUCAGUUCUGGUCCUGAACAUGGCUAAUUUUUUAUAUCACUCCUACAGUCCUACUGCAUUUGAAACUGUGUGUAUCUCCAUUCUUGAAAUAAAUAAGAGGGUUACUUUUUUAA